UGCGAAAAAAAGAGAAAAAGUCCCAGAGAAUGAGAUGACCCCAGUUCACCCUUCUUUCAGCUUGAAGUGUGCAGGGGAGGAGGAGGUUCUAGAGGAGUCACUCCUCCAUGGGCUGGAUUUGGAUGUUGAUGUGCUGCCGAUCAAACACUCGAACACUAGAACUUUCUCUUCAUACUUUAUUAGCAACAAAUCCCUGCAUUUCCUGAGAGCGAGCGGGUUAACAUGCUUCAUCCGUGAGCACCUGAGCGCAGGACUCUCAGUUAUUCUUCAUUUCUAUUUAUUUAUCAGAUUAAGUCAACAGGUGACUCGCGUGAUGCCCAGCCAGACUCUGCGCCCGCGACUGUGCGUCCUGGAGAAGGGCGAGAACGGAUACGGCUUCCAUCUGCACGGAGAGAAGGGCAAAACCGGCCAGUUUAUCCGCCUGGUGGAGCCCGACUCCCCCGCCGAGCUGUCCGGUCUGCGCGCGGGCGACAGGCUGGUGUUCGUGAACGGAGAGCGCGUGGAGAGCGACAGCCACCAGCAGGUCGUGGCGAGGAUACGCGCGAGCGCCGGGAGCCUGGAGCUCAUUGUGGUGGACGCGGACACCGACCAGCUGCUGAAGAAACACGAGCUGAAGUGUGUGAGAGAGUUUGUCACGGAGGGCAUUCCUGUGCCCGAAUGUGAUGAUGAGCCCGAGAUCAGCGACGAGAUGAUGCGGGACGACACGCCGCCGCCGCCCCCGGUGCCGGAGAGGAACGGAGAGAUCAUUCCCGUUUACAUUCCCGCGGUGGAGAAGCUCAGAACAUCCGUGAGCUCAGAGAUGAUUGCAGAAUUGAGACGAAAUGACGAAAAAGCAGCAGAACUAUUCAUCAGGGCAGGUUACACCCCUCACAGACUGAUUCGUCUACAUGAUGUCCGCCCAUCCUCAGAGUGCAGCCUGACUGACGGCGCUGUGAUGGAGCGUGACUUGAAGCCCGAGCUCAGACCACGGCUCUGUGUCAUCAAGAAAGGCUCCAAUGGCUUCGGCUUUAACCUGCACAGCGAGAAGUCCAGACCCGGCCAGUACAUCAGAGCUGUAGACGACGACUCGCCGGCACAGAGGUCUGGCCUGAAGCCCAAAGACCGGAUAAUACAGGUGAACGGGCUUUCAGUGGAAGGGAAGCAGCAUGCAGAGGUGGUGGCUGCUAUUAAAGCCGGGGGUGAUGACACAACACUCUUGGUCGUAGAUCCAGAAACAGAUGCUUUCUUCAAGAAGUGUCGAGUGAUGCCCAAUGCAGAACACCUCACAGGACCGCUGCCUGAACCUGUGGUCAACGGAGACAUGGAGGACAAGGUAAAUGGAAAUGUGGCCAAAGAGAUGGGGCUGAAGGACUCAAAGUUAUCAGUCAGUCCGUCCCCUUCUAACGCAUCGUCCAAUGCCUCCCUCGUGACUCCGCCCACUGGGACCCCGCCCCCUGAGGCUAUGGAGCCAUCCAUCAUAGAUGCCAUCCCAGAGCUCAAUCUGUCCUUACAGCAGGUGAAAGAACGCGCUCACCAGAAACGCUCCAAUAAGAGAGCUCCGCCUAUGGACUGGAACAAGAAAAAUGAACUCUUCAGUAACCUAUAGACCUCCUCCAGCCAUCUCCCUGUCCAUCCAUCCGUCCGUCCGUCCGUCCGUCUGUCCGUCCGUCCGUCCAUCCAUCCAUCCAUCCAUCCAUCCAUCCAUCUGCUCUAAGACUUGAUAAAACGGAGCAGAUCUUAUAAUGAGGUUAUCAUUAAAGUAGGCUCAAUAUGAUGUGUGUACAGUAUGUGUGUGUGUAUUUAUAAAUAUACACACUGAGAUUUAUAUGUAUUCAGAAUUAUGUAUUUGAAUUACUAACAGAUUAUAUUAGUACAUCAGCUACGGGGCAAAUGGAAUGUAACAUUCUACUACUGUGAUGUAUUACAAUCACUGGCUGUGUUCAGAAUGGAGAAUUUAUUGUAAUAUUACUGCUUACUGAAUACUGUGCAUUACACAUUGUAUACUGCCUACUGUUUAAAAGAUAUAGUAAUACAGUAGUAGUAGUGUUAUGAUGUUAUGCAUACAGUGGUAUGCUAUACUGUUGUUACAGGACCACUACAUUGCAUGUUUAAUUUAAUGAGCAGCAUCUAGUUAUCAUUUUGAAAAUAAAGUUACUUUUUUAUUAAUUCAAUUUUGUGUUAUGUUAGUAUGCAAUAUUAUUUUAGUAUGCUAUUCUGAACAGACCCUAAUUCAGCAUGUAUGACAAUGAGCAGGUGUGUGUGUAGGUGUGUGUGCGUGUGUGUGUGUGUGUGUGUGUUCAGUGGGGUUCUAUAUAGAACCCUAGGGUUCUUGAAUCAAUUUAUAUAGCCCUUUAUUCCAAAAAGGCUCUAACUGUAUAUGAAGUGUCUGACAGAACCAUUCAAGGUUCUAUAUAAAACCAUUUCUAACCAAACAAUGUAGUAUGAUUUAUGAAUGAUUUCUUGAGCCGCCCUUAGUCUCAACCAAUUCUGUUGAGAAUUAUUUCAUUGUUUUAUAAUGAAGGAACAAAUAAAGACUAAAUAGAAGAUCACCAUGAUCAACUGAUGAUCACUGUAAUCACAGGAAUCUUAUCAUUACUAUACAAAAGUCUGAGAUAUCUACAGUAUGAUAAGCAAUGAAGAAUUUUGUAUUAAAUACAACAUUAAACAGAAAAUGAUUUUCACUAGUGGCCUGAGACUUUUGGAGCCCACUGUAAAUUCCUGUUAGUGUAUCAAUGUCUUGUUCCAAUCAGUGCGGUAUUUUGAGACACCUGCUAUUUGAUUUUUUUUCUAUGUUGAGUUGAAAUGCCAUUACAUAAUCCUGCACUUCUGAUCACUGCAUUGUCAUGUUAUUUCAUAUUUGUAAGUGUUAUUUCUUUAUUAUGUAACAAUACAUUUAUAGAGCAAA